GAGAUGUCAAUUAAGGUGUUCAGUCCGAAUGUGGAGAGCGUUGAGAUUGUCCAGAGAGCGGAGAAGAGGAAGAGACGGGCACGCUUGUAUUACAUGAGGCACCCUAAGCACGAUAUGCGCAGUGUCGAGAACAUUGUUUCGAACUACCUCCGCCAGAAGUCCGCGGUGACAGGGCAAAGAACCUCACAAGGAAAGAAGCGGUGAUAUGCAUCUACUGUUGAACUUCCUGACUUGACCUUGUAUUACUACCAGCACAUGUACAUUGAACUUUGGAAUAUGAUGACAACUUUUUUCC